UCGCCACCUGCACACUUCUUCCCCCGUACCAGCUGUGAGCCUGUGAGAUGUAUCUGCUUCUGCUCUCCUCCUCAUCCCCCUCUUCGUUCGUUGAUGCUUCGGUAGAAUAUAAAUUCGAACCCGCCUCUUGAGCAACCCCCCCCCCCUCUCUCUCUUAGACACGCUGAAUCUGAGAUCUUUUUGUGUGUUGUUUACCUCUUAUUUCUUGAAGAGCGGUUUCUUUUUCCAUCUGAAUCUUGAGAAAAUAUCUUCGGCUCGUACUUGAUUUCUCGGUUGUUCCCUUGAUUUCUUCUUUUUUUGUGCAUUGGUUCUUGGCAAUUGCAGGUGAAAGCUAAAAUCUUUGGCCUCCAUCGAACUCUCUGUUGACCUCUAAUAGUUCCGAUUGCUUCUUUGCCAUCGAAAAUUUCCUGGAUCAAUUCGCAUCCGAUUGGUCCUUUUCCCCAUCCAUUUCGGUUGUUUCUUUUUCGGAAAAGAAAGAAAAAGGAGAAUCGUUGAAAUUCGCCCCCCCCCCCCCCCCCCCGCCAAAAAAAUUCAUUGGUUCCCCUGGUUGUUGUGAGAUAACCCGAUGGGGGAUGUGUCGUUGAACCAGCCGUUGAUAAUCGACCAGCUGCUGCCCAGCACUAUUGCCGAGCAGUGCGAUCAAGUUCAAGGUUCAAUGUCAGCUGCAUGGACAAAUGAGCGUCACAGAUCAUACAUAAGCUCCAUGGAGGCUUCCUUUGUGGAGCAACUCUAUGGACAUGAGAACCACGGGCUUGAUGCAAAUAAGAGGCAUCUGGGUAACAAUGGGUUCAAGGUAAUCCAAGAGGGUGCUUGCAAGAAUGUUAGGUUUGAGAGGACUGAUGCACGCAUGCGUGAUGGGGGUAUAAGAUGCCUACCUGAUAAUCCUUGGGUAAGGCAUUUUAGGCCGCGCAGUGCCGGUUUGAAUCGCCGUGGGUAUGGGGAGGCUAUGGUUGAUGACUAUGGGUCAGGUACUGAUACGAUGGGAGAGAAGGUCCGAACUCAUGGAAGAGAAGUGAAGACUUCUGCUGAAGAAAACCUUAUCGGUAAAAGCAAAGAAGUCUCUGAUCAAAACUUCUCUGAAGAGGAGGUUGGAGCCAACGAUGAACCUUGCAAGAAAAGGAGGCCUACUUCCAGUGCUACGAAAUGAUCAGCCAAUGUUGUUCUAUCUGGAAAAUCACAUGCAGCGACAAAAACUGGUGAAACUCCAAAGGUUUUUUGAUGCCUGAAGUAUGUCAUGGAAGACUUGCUCUGGGAUCUUGCUGAACUACUUGUGAUGGGUGCCGGUGCUGCAGUUGCUGCUAGUCUCUUUCACUUGGCAAAUUGGAAUGUAUCAAGCUCUAGUACUCUACCGGUCUAUCUUGUGGUGUAGAGGAGUUCAUUAGCAAUUUCUAGGUAGUUUAUUUUCUGCAAUGAAUUCUGAUGACCUUUGUUGGUGAAUUUGAGCAGGUAGGAUCUUCAAACUUAAAUGUAACAUUCAUGUGCCAGUCGGGCUCUGCGCUCUCGGGCCUCGGCUGGUUCGACACCAUGGUCAACCCACAAUUUGGAUCUGAAAAAUUGAACCUAUUUAAACCCGAACCAGCUCAUUUUAACUACUAGCCCAAGUCAAACCAGCCUAUUAGGCAUCUCAACCUAUUCGGUACCAAACAAAAUCAGUCCAACUCAAAAACCAACCAUUAGCAGCCUUAUUCGCGUCUGCCAUAACAUGAUAAAUGAUCAAAAAAAUUAUUGUUUCUGCAACCCCACCCCCACCCCCAAAAAAAUCAACAUUUCAUUUGUUAUUCGCAAAAAAAUGUUUUAACUGUUCUUGUUGAUGCAAGGUGGAUAUUGUUCUGCAAACUUAUUAGGCGCAGUUUAUGCUACUUGCUAACCUGCUCAUCCACCCCUUGUGUGUAAAUACACCUUUCGCUUGUCAAUCCACUUACCUAUGAGAGAAUGAGAUACAAUUCAUGAGGCCAACUUCAACUGUUCUCUGAACUAGCAGAGCAGGCCGCCCUAUUCAUGUUAUGAAACCUAUUGAUCAAAAGUAUGGUGGUUGCACCCGUCAAUUGGGAAGGGAUGUCUUCCAACAGAUGUGAUGACAAUUCAAUUUGUAUAUAUGUACAUCAACACAUGAGAGUUUCUUCUCAUCCAGCUCCUCGCGAAUGAAAUGAGAAAGCGUGUAAAUUUCUGAUUGAAUGAAAGCAA